AUGGCACCUACAAAACUUAAAAUAAAAGGUAACAAAUCCUUUUCACUUUUGGGUUCGCUUGACACUGAAGAAGAUUUAUCAAAAACGUGGCGUUUAAUGACAAAGGUGAAAGAGGCUUUAGAAUAUGGAAUGAGAUUAGAAAACUUAUCGUGGCGUCUUUGGUUCAUGCACCAUUUGAUGGUUCAUGAUCAAAAAACUAAAACUAAAUUCAGAAGAUUAUCAACCGUUACUACAAAAAAAUUGGAGACUGAAAAAGCUGCUAACCUUAAAGAUUUAGCUGUGCCUACUUAUCGUGCUUCUUCCGUUUCUACUAUAUAUAAUAAUAAUAAUUCUUCCACGGAAAUUAUUACUCCUACUGAGCCAAAUUUUGGUUUUUCCACAAGCUAUGUUAAUAAUCAUAAUGGUAAUAUGGAGGUUGAUUAUCAAGAUAAUUUAAUUGAUCAACAUAAUCUAAGUGAUCAUAAUAUUGACUCUCCUGUUGAUAAUACUGAUAUGUUUAUGGGUGUGAUUACAUUACCAAACGAUUACAUUCAACCGUACACAGCAAGUGCACUAAUAGAUUCAGACAAAGGUCCUACAAUGGAAAUCGAUAUUUCGAGUAUGUUUGAAACUGGUGGUGCUACUGAUCAACUAUCCCAAAAUUCAAGUCUACACAAUCAAAUUGUCUCAAAUGCUGCUUCCUCAUCUACAAGUGGCGAAGCAGUCUAUGUUAGCAGCAAUGAUACUCAAACAGCAAAUCUUCCUCCACUUAACACAAAUAUAAUAAAUUCUGCAUUAAGUAGUAAUAGUAACAAUAACCACCAUCUCAAUACCCCACUAAAUACUCCUGUUAAUGGAUUGCCUACUAGUAAUAUUUUAAAUGGUGUCAAUAAUAUUUUAAGUGACGUACGUAAAGAUGCUCGGGAUGAUGAAGCAUCACAACCAAGAUGUUCAAAUUGUGGUACCAUGACAACACCACUAUGGCGUCGGGAUGAAGAAGGUCAAACAUUGUGUAAUGCUUGUGGUUUAUAUUUCAAAUUACAUCAUGAGAGAAGACCAUUAUCGAUGAAAACGGACGUAAUAAAGAAACGUCAAAGAUACGAAAAUGGUCAAACUCCUAAUCGUCGAGCUGCCAUUAACAAUAUUUCCCAAAGCUAA